AUCCCUCCACAUUUUCCCUCUAAUUCUUGCCCUCUUUGCUUCCUUCCUCCCCCUCCCUCUUUCAGAGAAAAAACGAAACCCUAAUUCCUUUGUGGAGAUGGAGAGCAUCGAGGACGAUCUCGUCCUUCCGAUCCCCGAGGAUCCGCAAUCGCCGAUCCCCAAACCUAAGCUCAAACGCCUCAAGAAAUCGUCAACGUCGUCGUCGUCAGCAGCAGCAGCAAUCCCCGACUCGAUUAGGGUUUCAGAGUCGCCGAUCGUUCCGGAUCGCGAUUCGACCUCAUCAGCCGACAAAGAAAGGGGUUUCGAGGACGAUCUCGAUCCGUUGUUCUCCGUUCCAUCAGAUGAGCCGGCUGUUCAAAUUUCAGAUUCUCCGAUCACUGAAUCGAGAGAUCCUGACGGUGUAAAGAACUUUGAGGACGAUCUUGAUCCGUUGUUCUCGAUGCCAGCUGCUGAUGGAGGUGCUGAAACCCUAGAUCUGGAGAGAGAAAGAGAAAGUGAAGAGAAAGAUGACGGACUUAAGAAUUCCGGAGGAAUUGUAAGUGGAAUGGAGAAGAAGUCAGUGAAGAAGCGGCUCAAUUUAGAUGAAGGAAGUGAGGAGAUUUCAAAGAAGAAGAGGAAGAAGAGGAGUAAGGAACCUAAAGAGUCCGUUCGAGAAAAGAGGCGAACUGAAAAGGAAAGAAUGGUUCAGUUGGAGCAAAUUCAUGCUGAGUCUCAGCGGCUUUUGCGAGAAACAAGAGAUGCUUCAUUUAAGCCCGUCCCGUUGGUUCAGAAGCCAAUAUCGUCUGUUUUAGAGAAGAUAAGGCUUAGGAAGUUGGAAGUGCUGAAACAAACUAGCAUCCUUUGUCAAUCUGACUCUGUUGAAGCCUCUGAUUGUUCGGUUGAUGAAAUUGUUCAGAAGAACUCCUCGAACUCCUCUGUCAGGAAUCAAAAUGAUUCAAGAGAGAAUGCAGGGGAUGCAGAAGUGGAUGGCAUUUCAGUCAGGUGUCGGAAUAAUUCAGGAGAUGAUAUUAGGGAUGCACCAAUGGAUGAUUUACCCCAUGCCCAGGUUGCUGACAGUGAUAGAAGUCCAAAGGAUCCAUGUGGAGGAAUCCCCUGCAAUAAUGACCCAGAACCAAAAGAUGCAUCUCCAGCUCUGACUGCCAAAGCGCAAGAAGCUACUUUCCGGUCCAAGUAUGGAGAUAACAACCAGUUAGAUGAUUUAGAAGAAACCUCAAGCCCCCCCUUGCCAGCCUCAGAGUUGAAACCUAUACCUGAUGAUCUUUCAUCAGAAGAAGAGGAUGACAAAGAAAACAUUGAUCCUCAUAAGUUCAGUAUUGCCCACACGGACUCACCUCCUGAACAUGAGCUUGCAAAAGCUUUUCUUGAUGACGAGGCUGAAGAAGAAGAUGACAGUGAUCAUGACCUACUGAGAUUCCAGGAAAAUGAAGAAGAUGAUGAAAGUGAUGCAGAUGAAGUGUUUGAUGACCUUAUUGCAACUGAUUAUAAAGAGGCACCAAUGGAUCGUGAAAAACGUAACGAGCUUCAUCAGAAGUGGCUUGAGCAACAGGAUGCAGUUGGAACAGACGAUAUUCUCCAAAGGUUGAAGUAUGGUAAAAAACAAAGAGAUCCAACCUUUCUCCAAGAUGAGGAUGAUUAUUUUGAUGAUGAUGAUGAUGAUAACAAUGACGGAGAUGAUGAUUUGGAUGAUUCUACAUAUGAAAAAUCAGAUGAUCCAUCUGCGAUUGAUGACGCUCGCCAGAACUCAAGAAUGGCUAAACAAAUGAUGGCUCAAAUGUUCACAGAUGCACAUGAUUCUUAUGUACCCUCUGAUGAGGAAGACUCUGAGCAGACUCUCUUUCGCCAGCGUAUUCUCAAGCAAACUGGCGAGUCUUCAUUCAUAUCUCCAGUGGAAGAUGAAAAUUCAAGAGAAUUUUUUGGUCUUAUAAAGAAGCUGAAUGUUGCUCCUAUUACCAAGAAAAGGGGGAAAACCGUGACAUCUAACUUUGAUUCACUGAUGAUGGGUGCAAACAGCAAUAGCUCUUCAAAGUCUUCUUUUCUCAAUCGAACAACAAGUAAUUCGCUACCAUCUUUGCACAAGCAAACAUCAACUACCGUGCGGGCAUUCAUAUUUGGGCGUGAUGACAGCAAUAGCAGGGGUAGUAUCACUGCAUCUGAGAGUGUUCCAGAUACGCAUCCGAAAGAAAAUCAUACCUCAAGGGCUUCAAAGUUCAACAGCAGUUCACAGUCCAGAUCAACUGCUAAAACAAAGACUGAAACCAGCUCCAGUUCAGCAUCGGGUUCUUCUCUUUUUCAAAUGCUGAGGCAAUCAUCUGUGCAGUUUGAUAGACACUUGAAUCAAAGCAAAGCUAGCCAUCAAAAGAUCACAGAGAGUCAAGCUGCCUAUCAAUUUUCAGCCUUUAAAUUGCGAAAAAGAGCCACAAAAGUAGAAUCCAGGGUAUGAUGCCUAAGAAGAGAACCAAUUGAGAAUAUAUCUUUUAGAAUGGUUCAUUACAUUGUUUUUAGAGUAAUAAUUUAUUACCAUGUUUGUGGUAAACUUUAUGUAGAUUAUUUUCUUUAUUUUCCCAUGCUUUUCAGUGCUAAAAUUGCAUGCA